GAGAAUGAAUGGCCCCGACGCGUAAAUUGUGUUGCGAUUCUCCAUUAAGUCUUCCACUGAAUCUCUGUAAAGAUACCUAAUAAGCCUCACGGCAUAUGCUGCGGGUGGCGCAAAUAAGCAUCGACCAUCUCCUUGGCGUGGAAUACGUCCCUGUUUUAAUUCUAGACCUUUCUCUCGUCAUAGUGUCGUUGAUCGGCAAUCCGACGCCUUCUUCAUGAUAUUUCUGUGACUGGAGACCUGAUCGUCACUUGUAAGAUCGGACUAUGAAAUAAGCUUACCAUUCCCAUACUCUCAACGGUCGCUUCGAGCUUGUUCAAGACACUCGAGGUCUUGCGAAGCAAUCAGACAGCGCUAUGUACGGACGGGCGGAGCCACGUCAACAGCCUGGCUAUGCCUGUGAAGAAUGCCGCAAGAAAAAGCUUCGAUGUGACAGGCAGCGUCCGCAAUGCGGUGCAUGUGCCAAUGCCCAGAUCCAAUGCGAAGUCAACGAUCGCCGUAUACCUCGCGGUCCGAAGAAAGGAAGCAUAGGGGCACUUCGUAGUCGCAUUGUGGCACUAGAGCGCCGUCUCUCCACGUCUCAAUCCGAGGAUAGCGCAACUACGAACGGCCACGAGCUUGGAUUGGUAGCAGAAUCGCCGACCAAAGAGGGCAUUUCGACACAAUUCUCCUUGCCUGAUUGGGACGUAUCUCAACAAGACCAACCUCUGAAUGGUUCGAUUCCUCUGGCUUGGGGUCCGCCAGCGACUGCACCUCACUCACCGCUGCUCUUCUCUGAGCUCCCGGUCAUACCCACCAUGGCAACAUCGUAUCCGUCACCAAAGCAGAGCCCGGUCUCAAUUAGUGAUGUUUUCGUCCCAGACCUUACAAAAGCAGAUUUAAUACAGCUUUACUUUGACCGUGUUCACCCUAUUGCUCCCAUCUUUAACAAGUCGAAAACGUUUAGAUGGAUGGGCGAUGGAAAUGCCAUCACCGAACCUCAGCAAUGUCUGCAGUAUGCCAUGUUGACAUCUGCUACAGCUUUCUCAAGCCAGUUUGGCAGUAUUCAGGAAUCUCUUUACGCAAGGACUCGGUUCAUGCUCGAUCAGCUGGAUCUGAACAGCAAUGAUUCCCCGAUAUGCCACAUCGAGCACUUGCAAGCGUGGAUUCUAAUCACAUUCUACGAGUUUGCCAAGACCAACUACCGCCGUGGAUGGCUCAGUGCUGGGCGAGUCUUCCGUUUGGUCCAAUUCCUCAAACUCUACGAGCUGGAUAGUGCCAGGCCUUUAGGGGUAGAUAACGACGACGACGCAAUUACGUUGGAGGAAAAAAGGCGCACAUUCUGGGUAGCCUACUGCCUUGACCGGUUUAUUAGUAUCAGCGAAGGUACGCCUAUGACGUUAAACGAAGAAGUGGUAUUCACACGGCUCCCGUGUUCAGAUGACGAUUUCCAGAGAGGACUCGUAUCACAAGAACCCUUCUUGGCAGAGACUAUGACAUCUGCCGACAUGAGAUCGUACGCGCCACUAGCAGAAUGCGUGAUUAUCGUCACCAUCUGCAGCCGAGCUCUUUCCCAUAAGCAAAUCUACACGAUAGAAACCCUGUACAGCAACAUCCCCCUUGACUUCUCUUCUCGACACGAUUGGUUGGACGGCAUGCUCACUCGCCGGCUCAAUAAUCUGCAAGUCAACUAUCCCGCAUUAACGGUGGCAGAAAGCCCCAUGAUCAUUUACUCGUAUAUGGUUGCGUGCUCUGCCAUCAUAUACCUGUGCCGUAUCAUGGAGACGUUAUCAAUAGCCGACCAAAACCAGUCUCUCGUGUGGGAAUACCAAGAUCGGGGGCUUUGGGCGGCCCAGGAAAUCUCUAGGAUGGCGAAAGAGCAUGAAUAUCUUGGCUAUUUCCGGGCACAUACGUUUAUGCCUCUGACCAUCUACCUCGGUGCGAUGAGGCUUCGAAUGCACCUUGAGGCCCGAAAAUGCGACAUGGAAAAGAACGAAGCCGAGGAGGUGGAGAAAUCACUCCACAGCUCCAUUGAGGUGCUACAGAAGCUGCAGUCAGUCAAUAACCUGUCGAGUUAUUACUUGCAGCUCCUGUAGCGUCCUUCAGAAGUUCCUAGCUGGACUAGGUUAUAAGGAUGAGGCGCCCGCUCGGAGCACGGGUCAUGCUAUAUCCCUCUUCCUCCCCAAAUCUGGAAUAAUGGGCACCGUUAUUUCAGUACGAUUACGUUAGGAUGCAUUCAACAAUGCCGUCCAACCCAU